AAGAAAAUCCUCGUCAUCUCCUCGUCCCCUCACGUGGAAGCGCCUUUCCACUUCCGCAGCCUGCCUUCCUUCGUUCCGCCAUCGUCAAUCAACAACAGCUCUGAAAAGUCCCAGAAGGAAUCCGACAGAGAGAGCCACAGUCACCUUCUGAUCAAUACAAACGCCUAGAAGGGGAGACAGCGAGAGCGCGAGACAAAACGAAGAUGCUUGGAGGAUGUGGAAGGAGAUCGAGAGCAGAGAAUCGGGCAAAAUCCGCCCCCACCGCUUCGCCAACCGCCUCAAAUCCCGCCGCGUCGCCUCCUUGCAGCUCUCCAACACCAAGGACAUCGUCUCCCCCCACCGAGGUUCCGUAAACUCCCUUCAGAUUGAUUUGACAGAGGGCAGAUACUUGUUAUCUGGUGCAUCCGAUGCGUCAACUGCUGUUUUUGAUGUUCUGCAACCCCAAGAUUAUGAAGGGGGUGGGCUGAUUGCAAAGCACAAGUCUAUCUUGGUCGUCGAUAAGCAACACGAACAGGGUCAUAAGUAUGCUGUGUCCACAGCAAUAUGGUAUCCCAUUGACACAGGACUGUUCAUCACCGGCUCAUAUGAUCACUUCAUCAAAGUUUGGGAUACAAACAGUACUCAGGUGGUUAUGAAUUUCAAAAUGCCUGGAAAGGUUUAUACCACAGCCAUGUCUCCCCUGGCAACUUCUCAUAUGCUAAUAGCUGCGGGAACUGAAGAUGUUCAAGUUCGCCUAUGUGAUAUCGCUUCAGGGGCCUUUGCUCACACUUUGUCUGGUCAUCGUGAUGGUGUAAUGACGGCUCAGUGGUCUGCUUCUAGUGAGUGGGUACUGGUAACUGGUGGUUGUGAUGGUGCUAUACGUUUCUGGGACAUUAGACGUGCGGGGUGCUUCCGUGUUUUAGACCAGUCUCAUUCUCAGCUUGGGAGGCGCCCUCCUAUUUUGUGUCAUGCCACAACAAAGGCUUCGACAUCUAAAUCCUCGUUGGGAGGCCAAAGUACAAGUGCUAAAACUGGUACAACUUUGGGAAAAUUUCCGAAUGGGAAUGGUACAAAAAAGUCAUCUUUGGGUAGAAUUCUUGGGAAGACAUCGAGCAAACAGAGAUUACAUCCUGGGAUGAUGUCCAGUCGGGAUCGUGCUACUGCCCAUUAUGGUGCUGUUACUGGGCUAAAAGUAACUGAGGAUGGCAUGUACCUUCUCAGUGCAGGUUCUGAUUCAAGAUUACGACUAUGGGACGUUGAGUCAGGUUGGAACACACUUGUCAACUUCGAAACAGUCCGCCUUCAGACUAACAAGGCCAUACAAUUAGCAGUAUCACAGGAGUCAGACCUUGUGUUCGUGCCAUGCAUGACUGCAGUAAAAGCCUUUGAUUUCUGGUCAGGGAAGACAUCUAUGACAUUUCGUGGCCACUUUGAAAAUGUCAACUGUUGCUGGUUUAGUUCGCAUGAUCAGGAAUUAUAUACAGGUGGGAAUGAUAGACAAAUACUCGUGUGGUCUCCAUUUGUCUCUCACGAAAUGGAAGAAGGAACUGCCCAAGAUCGAGAUAGCUGGAGCGACUGAUACUUGGUUGCAGCUGCUCAUGUUUAAGUGAAAGUAAUGGAUGCAAGACCAGUGGUGGAUCAAAUCCAUAUUUUGUUUUUAAUCAACGAAAGCUCGGGUGAGUUAUGGAUCCGAGAAUCUGGAGCAGGCUACCUCAGGAACUCCUCGAGCUCGUCCUCUCGUUCUUGCCUCUCAAGAC